UCCAAUUCACAUGAUGCCUAUUCUUGCUUCUGUUCAUAAGGCACACCAGCCCCAGCUGAAUGACUAGGCCACUUUAAUUGAAGCCUGCCUCUCUGGGUGUAGUUUUCUUCUUCUUCUUCUUUUCCAAUAGGGUUGGCAAAGGAAUAUGUUGUUCAUUGCCACAGAGGGCCAUAUGUAUGCUGGUUUGUAUUCCAACCAAUGAAUGCUGCCUUCAUUGAUUGCAAUUUGUCAUUGAAGAGCAGUGGUAAGAGCAGUCGGAGGGUUGCCGGUUCGAUCCCAUCCUGGGUGUGUUGAAGUGUCCCUGAGUGUGUAUGAAUGGGUGAAUGAGAAGCAUCAAUUGUACAGCGCUUUGGAUAAAGGCGCUAUAUAAAUGCCAACCAUUUGCCAUUCAUCCAUAUGCAUUCAGUGGUUAAACCGCAUGCUACAAGCAACUGUUAUUUAGACAACACAAAUAACAGAUUUCACUUUAUAUGCAUUACGUGCAAACCUACAGCCCAUAUUCAGCAACUGAACUGAGUUUGAGACCACUGCUCAUGGGUUACCUUCAUUUUUGUAAUCCGUAUACAUCCCUCCAAGAGAGGGCGCCAUGUAAAAAUAACGUGGGCGGUUCCUGUGCAUCCGCCACAGAACCAAGUCAGGAGACAUCAUCCGCCAUGUUUGGUAUCGCAGAUUCGACAGAAAGCCUCUUAAAAACAAUAUGAAUAAAAUAAUUUAUUUCUGUAAUUAAAUAUAAAUAUAUAGUUUAAAUGUAAUGAUCCAGUUUUAGUAUUUUUCUUUCAUUCCAAGAAGCAUGGAUACUUCGCAUGCAGAUGGCGCUUCAAUAUUUAUGUGCAAAAUCUGCAACCGGUUCUCUCCCAGUCAAGAAAGGCUGCUCACUCAUGUCUCUGAGACACACACCGUUGAGGGUGUCACGCCUGACAACAUCAUAGUUCCACUCAGACCUUUAUCAACCACGGUCCAACCAGAGAACAGUGGAGACUGUACAGUCAAGAGGAAACGGGGCAGGCCUAAGGGCUCCACCAAAAAGGUCCACACAGAGGAUACUCUGCUGGGCACCCUCCCCAAUGCAAAGCCCAGUCACAGGCCUGAGGUCCAGGCACAGGCCACAGAGGAGCAACAGGAUGACAGCAGUGAUGCACUGGACUGCAAGAAAUGCAAACGCAAGUUCUGCAAUAGGCGCCAGAUUAUGAAGCACAUCUGCUUCAUCGGACUCAGAGAAGAGGGUGACGAAGAGGAAGAUAAUGAUGAUGGCAGUGAUGGUAACCUGGCAACACAUGGCAGGGAGAAGGACAGGGAGAGGCAUUCAAAGAACGCAAAGACGCGUGGUCUGCGCUCUGAAAAACUAUCUAGCAUUAAAGACGUGGAUCAAGGAGACAGCACUAAAAAACCCAUAAUCAGCGUCGUACUGACAGCCCAUGAGGCCAUUCCAGGUGCCACAAGGAUUGUUCCUAUUGAGGCCUUUCCUGCAGACACUGCUCCCUCGACAGAACCUUCCCCCAGUGACCAGGCAACGGGGGUCAAAAGGGGCUACCAGGAAUAUGCCAUUCAACAAGCUGCUUAUGAAGUGCCACUCAAGUCAUUCAGGUUGGGCCAGACGCAGCUGAAAAUCUUCACCUGCGAGUACUGCAACAAAGUCUUCAAGUUCAAGCACUCACUGCAGGCCCACCUGAGGAUCCACACCAAUGAGAAGCCCUACAGUUGCCCCCAGUGUGAAUAUGCCAGUGCAAUUAAGGCCAACUUGAGAGUCCACAUGCGCAAGCACACGGGGGAGAAGUUCUGCUGUGAGCACUGCUCCUUCAACUGCCUGAGCAAAGGGCACCUCAGGGUGCACGUGGAGCGAGUGCACAAGAAGAUCAAGCAGCACUGCCGCUUCUGCAAGAAGAAGUACUCUGACAUCAAGACCCUGCUGAAGCACAUGCGCGAAAGCCACGACAUGGAUGACAGGAACAUCAUGGUCUCCUACGAAGAGCUCAACCUCCUGACUCGGGAGGGCAAAAGGCAGCUGCUCUUCGACUGCCCCGUCUGUGAGCGCAAGUUCAAGAAUCAGCUGGAACGCGACCGUCACAUGAUGGUUCACGGCACCGAGAGGCCGUUCGGCUGCGAGCUCUGCGAUCACGGCUCCACAAAGUUCCAGGGUCUGCAGGUGCACAUGCGCAAGCACCCCUUCGUGUACGUCUGCGCCUUCUGCCUGCAUGAAGUGGUCAGCUCUAUCCGGCUGAGGGCGCACCUGCGACAGGCCCAUCCAGAGGUUGAGGAGGUGGCUGCAUUUUCGGACUCUAUCAACCACAGUUUCUGCCUGCUGGAGCCGGGCGGGGACAUCCAGCGGGACGCACUGAAGCAGGAGGAGCUGCAGAUGACAAAGGAGCUGUCCCUCCUCAAUAUGAAGGUGGAGCGCAUGGAUAACGUGGACUCAUCCGGGGAAGUGGCUCUUGACCAGGGCUGCAGCAGCUUAGCUGUGGAGGCACAGCUGCUGGUACAGGACACAACCUUCAAUGAAACGAUUAAAGGGCUCCCUCAGGAAGUGUGCGUCCCUCCAGCCAGUGAGGCCCCUGUGACUGAGGAAGGUCUGAUCCAGGACCAAAUCCCUGCAGUCAGCCAUGAGAGGCAGGAUGGAGGAGACCAUAAGACUGAGAAUGACCCUGUCAUGGACUUGCAGCCCAUUCAAGUCCCUCCGGAGGUGCCUCUGGAGAAGAGUCCCCUGACAAACCCAGAGGAAUCGUCUUGCAAUCAGCUCCUGGGGGAUGAGAAGGACUCCAGCUCCUCAUUUGCCUCCCACCUGAACAAGAGCAUGGAAGUGACAGCCGCACCGCAGCUGAGUGGCGUUUCUGGAGAAGAUAGGGGCACGGCCUUAGCUCCCUCAGAGGAAAGGACAGCAUUCAGGCAGAUCAUAGACCGCAUGCAGAAACGCCAGCUCAACCUUGAAGUCUUUGAAAGGAUAAGAAAAGUCUACGGAGAUCUAGAGUGUGAAUACUGCGGUAAACUGUUCUGGUAUCGGGUGCACUACGACAUGCAUGUGCGCACGCAUACAAGAGAGCACCUACACUACUGCUCCAAGUGCAGCUAUUCCUCCAUCACCAAGAACUGCCUGAAGAGGCACGUGAUCCAGAAGCACAGCGACAUCCUGCUCAAGUGUCCCAGCCAGGGAUGUGAGUACUGCACCCGGGACAAGUACCAGCUGAAGAUCCACCUCAAGACCCACUCUGAAAUGGACAAGAGAACCUAUGAGUGCCCUGCAUGUGGAGAGUCAUUCACUGAGGACAAACUCAUAAAAUUCCAUAUCAAAGCUUUCCAUCCAGACGUGUCCAUGGAUGCCUUCUCAGAGGUCCUGGGGAAGCCGGUGCAGCUGCAGGGGCUGAUAGGCAAGCGAGCGUCAAAGUGCCCUUACUGUGACAGCUACUUCAUGAGGAAUAGCACAGAACUACAGCAGCAUGUUUGGGCUCAUGAGGGACUGAAGCCCUACAAGUGUUCACAGUGUGACUACGCUACUCGCAGUAAGAGCAACCUAAGGGUCCACAUGAACCGGCACAACACAGAAAAGACCCACCUCUGUGAUCUCUGUGGGAAGAAGUUGAAGUCCAAGUGUAGUCUGAAGAGCCACAAGCUGAUACACACGGCCGAUGGCCGGCAGUUUAAAUGCACUAAGUGUGAUUACACAGCUGCACAGAAACCCCAGCUAGUGCGUCACAUGGAACAACAUGCCUCCUUCAAGCCUUUCCGGUGUGGACACUGCCUGUACUCCUGCAACAUGUCCUGCACUCUGAAGAGGCACUACAACAAGAAACACCCCAAUGAACAGUACUGUAACACGGGGCCUGGGAUCCCCGCUGCAGAGGCCAUCCAGCAGCAAGGUGGUGUAAAAUGUCCGGUGUGUGUCAAUGUGUAUGGCACCAAGUGGGAGAUGAACCGACACCUCAAGAACAAGCAUGGCCUCAAACUGGUUGAAAAUGAUGGAAUCGGGAUGAACCAGUGGGAGGUGGUGGAGUCACUAGAGGAGCCCUCCACCCAGUACCUCCACAUCACAGAAACCAAGAACCUGCAGGGCACUGAGGCUACUGUAUCUGCCCUCCAGGACCUGCGAUACAACACAGAAAAUGGUGUGGUGUCCACCACCUCAGGGGAAAGACUGGAUCCCACAGCGGUCAAUAUUCUCCAGCAGAUCAUUGAACUCGGAUCAGAGAACCAUGACGCCACUGUCGCUUCUGUGGUUGCCAUGGCUCCCGGCACAGUGACUGUAGUGGAACAGGUGGCAGAAGAGGAGCAGCAGGCCAACCACACAGUGAUGAUCCAAGACGCCUUCCAGCAGGCCUCUGUGGGGCUGGGGGAAGAGCACCACCUCGUCGUAUCUUCUGACGACGUGGAGGGCAUAGAGACGGUCACAGUGUACACUCAGGGUGAGGACGCCUCGCAGUUCAUCGUCUAUGUCCAGGAAGCAGUGCAAGCAGCAGAGCAGACGGUGGAGACCUCCUAAACUGUCCAACAGCUAGCAACCAAUCGUAAACCAGCUGUUAAAGAGACUGGCUUGGAUUGGACUGGCACAUCAACCUCCGCACUUCCCAAUGAUGUAGCUACAGUAUGUGGUGAAAAUAACAGCACAGUGUGUGUUAGUAUCAUGUGUUUAUAUUGAAACAGUAGGUAGGUCUACCGUCAAAUGAAGGUUGCCAGUUUAACAAUGUCUACAACUAUAUCAUGCCAAUAUGACUGCAAAAGAAUUUCAUGUCAGGUUAUAGAUAGUCACACAUUCACACAAUUAAAAGGACUUGUCUUGAAAUGUGUCAUUUACUUGUUUGGCUUUUAUAAAGGGCUUUAUUCUUGAAGAUGUUAUACUUUUAAAAAAAACAACUUGAUCACAGUGAAAUGUUGUGUUACAUUGCAUUGUUAAAGCCAUGAUAAAGUAUUUUUGGGAUGUUACCUUGGAAGUAGCAACUUUGGUAUUUUGAAAUCCUGAGAUAAUUAUUGUCUCACACAGUGCUACACUCCAGUGAGGGGGAUGUGGCAGUUCAGGGUUUUCACCACAAUUUGUCACCUAAGAGUCCAUUCCACACUCACAUAGACAUGAAAACAAAUAAAACUUCACCCUUCCCCCUCACAGGUUCUGGGCAAUCUUCUCAGCUGAGCAACUUUUCAGCUACCCAGCACCUACAUUGGCCAUGUCUGAAUCAGCCUACCUGCCUACUAUUGCAUAUGUAAAUUGAGUGCACUGUAAAGAUCAUAGAGGAAGAGGUAGGGCCUUUUACACUUAGUUCUUACAAAUAGACACUUCAUAUUUUGAGGACACCGUAGUUUCAGGUUCAACAACAUUCAUUGGAACCCUGGAAAUACAUAUAUAAUCUACAUAACAUUUAGAGAAGCUUUUUGCCUACUUAAUGACUUUCUCAUCCAGUGCACUUAAUUUAUGUACCCAAUAGUAUGUGAGUAAACUACAGGGGGCGGCCUGUAGCGUAGUGGUUAAGGACAGGCAAGGUUGGUGGUUCCGGUGUAGCCACAAUAAUAUCCGCACAGCCAUUGGGCCCUUGAGCAAGGCCCUUAACCCUGCAUUGCUCCAGGGGAGGAUUAUCUCCUGCUUAGUGUAAUCAACUGUACGUCGCAUCUGCUAAAUGCCAAUAAUGUAAUGUAAAAACUCUCCCAAAGGCUCACUCUCAGCUCCGUGCUGUGGAGAGCGGCACAGCUGUGAGGACCUGGGCUGAUUUAACACAACCCAGGUGUGUGCUCUCCACUGGGAGACAACCCCAACUCUCUGGAUUGGACACCACCACUGUCUUGUGAUUUUCAGAAAAACACCAAAAUAUUUUACCAUGGCCCCAAUUAGUAACUGUAUUUAUUUCUACAUGGUUAGAAAAACAUAACAGUAUCUUUAUACUUUUAAUCUGUAUAAAUAUUUACACAUCA